AUGUUCUUCGGAAUAUAUGCUCUUGCAAAAGAGCAGUUGAACUUUGUAGAUGCGUUUGUGAAAAUUUAUUUAGCCGUGAAGAUUUAUCUUAUAGCGGUAAAUGCAAUCUGGAUCGGAAUAUACGAAGCCGGGGCUGCAAAAUCUUUAUCCGAAUGUCAAAAUUAUUUUAACAAUCUUUCUAAUAGCUCCCCAUAUGUGUCGUCAACGUUAAUAAAUGACGAAGGCAAUUUUGCUUGUAGUGUAUAUGAUGGUGGUGCUAGUAUCGGUGCAUGGGUAGCACUUUUCGCCCUAGGAAUUUUACCUAGUCCUUAUCUGUAUUUAACUUUAAAAUUCUAUGCAGUUCAGCUCCGCAUCAAACAAUUACUAAAUAAACGGCAAGAAAAUCAACAACAGCAGCAACCAACUACGGUUGUUAAUGUCUACCAGGUCGGGACACCUCAAUAUGACAUGGUUCAAACCCCAGUCAGAUACGAAUGA